AUGGAUGCCAGACAUGGCAAUACUUGCUUAAUAGCACCCGAGCAGGGAUAUUAUUCGGCUUUUCCCUCUGGCGGUGCUCAAUGUGUGACGGCGGUACCGGCGCAGGAGGAUGGUUACAUGGUGCCCAGCGGAUAUCAAUUUUCUGACGGCUAUUCCAUGGAUUACCAACCUAUGCAUUACAACCAGCCUAUUCAGAGCACGGUUGAAUGUGACCCGUCGCUGUUCCACGGCCAAGGCAUUGAGGGUGUGCAUCAAGGCGGUUACGAGUACCCAGCACCUCAAUAUGUACAACAUGACUACGGCUACACGGGAGCGGAUUACCAAUACUAUCAGGAUGUAAUGGGUUCGGAGACCAUCCCAAAGAUGGUUGGCGAUCCUGCGCCCCUUACGACAGAAUUCUUUGCAUCUAACGAUGCUUUCCAGCGCAUACCCCUUUGUCCCACAAGAUCCGUUUUCCGACGUCGUCGUCAAGGCGACCCUUCAAGCGAGUGGAGCAACGCGUUUCUGAAUGAGGAAAUUGACGCUUGCGACAACACGCCAUGCUGCACGAAAUAA